AUGAAAUUCUUUACGGCACUCGCUGCGGUUGGUGCCCUCCUGGCGCCAGCCGUCGCUCUCCCAACCCCGGCAUCUGAGGCAUCACACAACCAAACUCUUAGCGUCAGGCUCGUUCGCGCUGGCCACACCAUGGUCAGGGCUAUUGUCACCAACAAUGGAGAGCGUCCUUUGCACCUACUGAGUUUCAACACCAUUAUGGAUGAGAACCCAACCAGCAAGGUUGAUGUAUCCCACGAGGAUGGUGGUGAGGUCGAGUUCCUUGGCAUGCUGCCCCGUUACGACUUGAGCGAUCUGACUGAGGAUCUCUUUACUCGUCUGGCCCCCAAAGAUAGUGUGGAACACCUCUUCGACAUUGCCACAGUCCACGACUUGAAGUGGGACGGCAAGUACACACUCACUGCUCGUGGCGCCAUUCCUGUUGCAGAGGAUGGGGGAACAGAUAUCAUAGACCACGUUUACUACGAAUCCAACGCGCUUGAGAUGGAUAUCGACGCCCGCAAGGCUGCCAUGGUCCCCAGAGCGUUUGACGACUACUUUUCCAAGGGCCUCGACAAGCGACGUCCCCUCGAUAUUUGUAAUCCGAUGAAGGAGAAGGCCCUCAGGGCCGCCCUUCAAGACGCUCAAAAGGUUGCCACGGAAGCUGCAGCCGCUGCUCAAAACAACACAGAGAAAGUCUUUGAGUUUUUCCGCGCCAGAGAUCCUGGAACCAGGAAGGAGGUUUCCAAGCGCCUUGCCUCAAUUUCCGGUGUGGCCACUAUGGACGGUGGCUCUGUUACGUGGUUCUGCUCCGAUGGUCCUCGCCGAUGCAGUCCCAGAAUCAUUGCCUACACCUUUCCAGCUAGGAAUGAGGUUCACCCCUGCUCCCUCUUUUGGCAACUGCCCCACCGCACCAAUGAGUGCCAUCGUCAGGAUCGUAUCGGGACCGUAAUCCACGAAGGAGCCCAUAAUCCAAAUGCUGUCACACCGCACUGCAAGGACCAUGGGUAUGGUUACAAUCGUGCAACUGCACUCUCUCACCAGAGAGCCAUGGGAAAUGCCGACAACUACGCUCUCUUCGCCAACGCGAGACAGCUGGUUUUCUGUCUCCUUCACCUGUUUCUUGCUCUUCCUUUCAUAUACAUAUUUGCGAACUUUUAA